AUGACUAAGGAAGAUUCGGCGUUGCAAUUAGACAUCUUGUCGUCGCUGCCACAGGAUAAUACGCUCACAGUGGCUUCGAAUUUAAACCAGAAUAGUGCAGAUAGCUUCACUCCACAUCAAUUGAUAAGAGAAACACCCGCAAGUGCUAGAGAUGGGCACUUUGCUCGGCAAGUACCUGCUGCACCUAGAAAGGAACUGACAUGUCAAAUAUUCAGUCAGAUCAGCUGGGUCGUAUUUGCGUGUGCGGUGGUCGUGUUUGGUGUUAUAAACAUUGCGUUCUGCUCGCCUUACUUCUUAUGGCCAGAUGAGCCUUCGUUCCUAGUUUUGGCAGCUGAAAAGAACGGUGUAAUAUCCAAAGCACCGGUUAAGUUGGUCGCACAAUCAAUCUUCUGGGUGGGGAUUGCCAAUGUGUUUGGCAGCUUCAUAAUCCGUCAGAGACUCAUAGCUCUUGUGUUUGCGAGUUCUAUGACGGUCCUGCCUAAAAAUAUUUACACCAAGGGUAUACUCUACAUCCAAGUCAUAUGGUUAGUGCCUGUAAUCGUAUUCUAUGUAUCCUACUUGACAUCGGAGCACAGCUCAAUAAUAUCUUUGGUUACAUUGUUUGUGACCGAAACCUGUACGGCUGGAGCAUUCAUUUAUUACACGUUCAAGUGUCGGAGGGUACAGCUUCUUUACAGCGAUUGGCAGAAUAAUGCAAGGAUCUUGAUUCUAGCCGUUGUAGUCACAGUGGGCACAUACUGGUUUGCGGUUCUGACACAGGAUGGCAACUCCUUUCUCUUCGAACAAGGAGGCAUUAGGCUGGAUUUCAUGUUCUUUGCGGAUUGCUUCUUGAACGAAAUAUUUAUAUUAGAUCUGUAUGUUUGCUUGGUCGCAAUUUGGCUGGGCUACACACCCGCGCUCAUCUCGCGCAUAGGCAUAGCCACACAUAUGCAAACAAUCGCAGAGGAUCGAAUGACGCGGAUGACAGCGAUGUCUAUGGAGAAUGCUGUCGCUCAUACUGUCGCUGUGCUCAACGCACAACAAGAGUUAACGGCCGGGAUGGUGCGGAAGGAAGAUCAGGAGAAGAAUAAUUAUGUAGAUGUGCAUCACACAGGGGCUGAGUCUCUAAGCACACCCGGUAAUCUGAGCGCUUCGACUAGCCGUGGUGUUCUCCUGUAAUGUUCUACUUAGCGCAAUAAGCACAUGCGAGAGGUCGCAUGCAAAGCACAGCUAAACGAUAGCAGCUAUGGAAUGGUGUGUCAUCGCCAGAGACUGGAGAUGCGGUUGAACGCAAGCGCUUGUGGCUGAUGCGUUUCAGGAACGAUACAUACAUGUAUUAUGAGUGUAUUGGGUUGCUGGUGGCCUUGUAUCAACGAGUGACACAACACCAAGGAACACACAGGCAAGGGAAUGUGGAACGAAGUGAGAAGUCGGGUUAGCUGAUGCGGUAUCACGAACUUUUCGUAUAAUAGCGAGGUUGAAUUUCAGUGGAUGAUGGAUUUACUAUCAAAAAUAUGCGGGUAACGUUAACUCUGCAGUACUUCCGAGGUAGAAGUGUGAUCUGCGCAAAUCUGGGCUUUUUUUUUCUGCCAAGGUAUUAGAUGUUUUCGAUUACAAAACGGAGUUCACACAGCUCCCACGGGAUUGUCACAGCAGCUCUCUACAACUAGGGAAUGGCGAACGAGCCGCACAGAGACGUCAUGAGCUGCACUCACUGGCGAACACAGUAUAAAAUAUUAGAAACAAUAAUUUAGAAAUAUCAGCGGACGCAAUCAGCAGCGCCACCUGAAUGAGACGAUGAAAUAUAAUUUAUAAGGCAUGUAGUUUGGAAAUAAAGUAGAAUCCAAAACCGGUUUGUGACCCUUGUAUUGAGUACAUCUCUAUCAUAGCGGAUCAUCUCGGAAACUAUCACGGCCAUUACGAUAAUUUUUCACGUCUAGGGGAGCUUUGCAGGCGAUUACUCACGCUUCAAAUCUACUGUUAUGCUUACGUUACAUUAUAAUAUAUCCAAGUUCGUUCGGCGUGGCCCUAUAUCGGUCGCUAUAUCACCCUCCACCCCGCUUUCUCUUAUGCCUUUCCGCAUGUGUACUAUGCCUCUGGCUACCGCCAUUGCCGCGAUAGCGUAUU